AUGCGCUUCACCAUGCUCGUCUCGAUGCUCUCCACCCUGCUCGCCUCGGUGGUCCUCUCUUCGCCUCUGGUCCCUCAAGCGACUGGCGUCGUCACGGACGGCAAGAUUGUCGCCGCUCAAUACCACAUGAUGCUCGGCGAGAAUCGUGAGGGCCAUAGGACCCAAUUUACCUUUCAGCUCGCCUACAACGCAGCCCAAUCGUACUACGGCGCUUUGCUUGUUUGCAAUAACGACAGCGUACUGUACACUUGCGGUGCAGGGUACGUCGCACAUGGAGGCGUGGGCGAUGCUCGAUGGUCCGAUUGGGUCUUCACCUCAUUUUUUCCCUAUAACGUGACUGUUCGUCUUUUCCACAAGGCUGACGGUACCAUCACCGGCUGGACGGUCGAGAGCGGUACGAUGUUUGGCCACCUCAUCGAAUUCAGAUCGCUCGAGAACCUGCAAACUCAUGCAACCAUCCAGUACAUCGAGUAG